GCUAGUGAGACAGCAGCAGGGAGGAUGGGACCCGGAAGAGAAGCUGCCGCUAGGGUGAGUUACUUCCCCGCCCCUCGGAGGAGAGAGGCAGCCUGGUUACACCAUGUUUCAGUUUCUGCUUGGUUUUGCUCUUGGCAAUGUGGUUGGGAUGUAUCUGGCGCAGAAUUAUGAUAUUCCUGACCUUGCAAAGAAACUUGAAGAUUUUAAAAGAGAUGUGGAAGCUAAGAAGAAACCUCCCAGUGACAAAUCGUAAGCCACUGAUGUUGACUGGACCGGAUCAUCUCCCUACAAAUUUCAAGGAUGUAAUUCCCCUUCAAGCGACAAGUUCCAAGUAGAAUUCGGGCUUUGGGGGAUUUCCUCCACUUCCAGUCUCCCAGAACCUGGCUGUCCUUGAGCUGAAGUGCAAUCAUGAAUGUGCAGUGAGACCUAACCUCAGGAGUUUCAGGAAACCUGACUCAGAGCUGAUGUGAUUAGAAAAGAAAGUUUGGAUUUUCUUGCAAUUACCUAAUAUUUAUAAUCCAUUUUUAUAUGGCUCAACUGAAGAUCACUGCAAAUCCUACAAUUAUCCCUACCUGAUGCUUUAUUAUAAUUCUUAAAAUGCCUCAAAAGAAAUUAAAACAAAUGUAUCCGGAA